AUGUCAGAAAUCGGGGACUGGUUCAGAACCAUCCCUUUAAUCACCCGGUCAUGGUUUGCAGGGUCUAUCGUCGUUCCCCUCAUUGGAAAACUGGGCUUAAUUAAUCCUAUGAACCUCGUACUGGCGCCACAGUUAUUUUUUAACAAAUUCCACUUAUGGAGACCUGUAACCUCAACCCUGUACUUUCCAAUCUACCCAAACACAGGAUUUCUUUACUUGGUCAAUCUCUAUUUCCUCUACCAUUACUCCACAAGGCUUGAGACAGGGGCAUUUGAUGGCAGACCUGCAGACUAUGUCUUCAUGCUCACAUUCAACUGGCUCUGCAUUGUUAUAGUUGGUCUGCUCAUGGACAUGCAGCUGCUGAUGAUCCCACUCAUCAUGUCUGUGCUGUAUGUAUGGGCUCAGUUCAACAAGGACACCAUUGUAUCUUUCUGGUUUGGAACACGGUUUAAGGCCCACUAUCUUCCAUGGGUUAUUCUGGGUUUCAAUUUUAUCAUUGGUGGCUCUUUUCUGAAUGAGCUGAUUGGAAACCUCGUGGGCCAUCUGUACUACUUCCUUAUGUUUAAGUACCCCAUAGACCUUGGUGGUCGUGCCUUCCUCUCUACACCAGAAUUUCUGUAUAGACUUUUCCCAAACAGGAGAGGAGGAGUGUCGGGCUUUGGAGCACCACCCACCAGAAGAGCAGCUCCACAGGAACAGGCUGGGUUUGGGAUGGGGCGAUACAAUUGGGGCCAAGGAUUUCGUCUUGGUGGUGAAUGA